UUUGGAGUGCUGAUUUUGUUUUUUUACCACGACUUCUACGAAUGUCAUGUCACGAUGAAAUUUUGCAAGCACCUAGAACUUUUGUCGAUGUUUGCACCAAAAAAAUUCGGAACUUUUUGAAACGUUUUCCUUUUUUCUUUUUUGAAUUUUACUGUCCAUCCUUUUGCCUCUUACCACAUGCAUACAGUAUGCCUAAAGAUGGAGUUUUUUGCUUAACCGAGUGGAAGGAAGAGUAGAGCACAUUCCAGAGAACAUCAAAGGAGGCCAAUAACCGAGACUGACUUUAUUUGGCACUGCCCGAAAUACGCUUUUCUGUGGUAUACAAAGCAGGCCCCAAUCAUAUUGCCUUUACUCCAAUAUUGCAUUAGCAUAGCCAACUUUUACCUCCAUUAUUACUUCGCCGUUCCCUUUUGCUUUCCCGUUUGGACACCAUAGUCGCCUGGCUUCUUCUCUUCUCUUCUCCUCUCCUCCCGGUGCGCUCGUUUGUGAUUGGUUGCUGUUAGUCGGAAUCAAUGGUUACUCCCACUCCAUACCAUCUCCUGUCUCCAAGAACCAUCGUCACCAAGAUCAUCAGCAUGAAGCAGCAGGAGCCGGAGCCGCCCAAGAUCAUCCUGCAGCCCCGGCACCGGACCAGCCCGGCGAUGUGGUGCGCCGCCAUCGUCUGCUUCGCCUUCAGCGUCCUCCUCAUCCUCGUCGGCCUGGUGAUCCUCAUCGUCUUCCUGACGGUGAAGCCAAGGACGCCGUCCUUCGACGUCGCCCACGCCGCCCUCAACAGCGUCUACAUCGGCUCGCCCCCGCCCUACUUCAACGGCGACAUGACGCUGACGGCCAACAUCUCCAACCCCAACCACAAGAUCGGCGUCGUGAUCCACUCUGGGGCCAUCGAGCUCUUCUUCCGGGGCAGGCUGGUGUCGGCGCAGGCGCUGCCGUCGUUCGCGCAGCGGCGGGGGCAGUUCACAGUCCUCAACGUCCACAUGCUGUCCAGUCAGGUGGUGCUACCGCCGGAGGUGGCCGUGGAGCUGCUGAACCAGAUGAAGAGCAACAAGAUCCUCUACACCAUCAGAGGGACCUUCAAGGUCCGGGAAAGGUUCUGGUCUUGGCACUACACCUACCGGAUGACUGCCAUUUGUGACCUGGAGCUCACCGCGCCUCCCUCUGGAUUUCUCGUAGAUAGGAGAUGCACAACAUCAACUUGAUUGGUAUCUGGAUGCUCUUUUGAUCUUUUUUUCUUGUAUCAAACUUUAGAGAUGUAUAGCAGUACGAAACUAUUUUGGAUGUAUUUUUUUAUGUGAAGUAAAACCCAAGUAAACCAUUCACAGCAAUCUAAAAAUUAUCACACGAUUCCUCUGUUUAUGUCUGAAAAUCAAACAAACAAGGGCCUGGAAACAUCUACUGGUUACCAAAUUUAGGUAGCUUAAUAACUGAAGAAGAAAAUCAUUGGACACAUUUAUCUGUACCUCCAUUCCCUUAUACAACCUGUAGCAAAAUGACAUUAAGAAAAAAGACCAAUUUCUGAAACAGUUAGGGUAGCAAAAACAACCUGUGAAAGCGAUGCCUGCCCCUGGUUUCUGAAACCAAUUUCUAUCACAACUCCUUUUCUCAUGACUACACUAGAAACAGGAACAAAACAAAUACUCUGCAAAACAUAAGAUUGAAUGCACUCCCUUAGCAAUUCAUUGUACCAGAAAUGUAGUUAUUCAGAAGGACCCCUCCAAGAUCACAUUUAUUAUAGUCCAUUAGUCCUUGUCUAAGCACAACUCAUUCCAGCUCUGUCUUAGCAGACGAGAAGAUUAUACUCUCAUAAAAAAAUGAGAAGUUAUUGAACCUCAAUAAACAAUCUCAAGCUUAAGCUACUAUUGUUGGUUUGAUCUGACGGCUCAACAGGCCAUUAGAUCUGAUAGCCUAACAGGAAAAAAAAAAGGGACAAAGAUUAACAUUAAGAAAAAAGACCCAAGCACCAACGUGCAUAUGCCUCGAUCUAACUAACGGGCCCUGAUCGGGGGCGCCCAAAACCAACUCAGGUUUGGGUCCCUGUCGCCAGCGCUACAUAUAAGGGAAGGGGAGCUUCGGACUCGUGCGCAUGACAAGUUCGCGUACGAUCUCUAGCUCCCCAAAAUUCCAUCACCCUAAUCCGAUCUGGGGGAAUGCUGUAGCGUCAGGAAGACCUAACCCAGCUGCCGCUGCCCUCUCCGGGCAGUGCCGGUGGCGUCCUGAGGGGAUCAGGACGUCCAGGAGAUAGACUACGACCUCUACAUCGUCCAUCAAUCUCGCCUGCAACGAGCAGGCGAUCAUGUCGACUUCUGUGACAUGUAAAGGAUCUCUAAACCCCUCUGUUCAUGUUAUAUUGGGUGAUCUAGAUGCAAUCAAAUUAUGUGUAUGACAUCCUAGUGAUGCAUUAGUUCCAACAACUAUACCUUGCACCCUGUAGUGCUUCCAAGUGCCAGACCAAAUAGUUAGCACACUAUUCAUACGUAGGAUCGAAGAAACAGCUUCGACCUUCCAGCCUGCUUGAUUCAUGGCAUCCUGAGUGAUUUUGCUAUUCCAGUUGAUUUUUCAUCUUUCUGUUAGCACUUUGGUAUCAGCAGUUUUUUUAAUAACUCUUUGGUAUCAGCAUGUUGGUUCCCACAGUAUAUGUAUUGGCUGUGAUUUUGCUAUUCGGUUUUUCUUUCAUCGUUCUGUCAGAGAAUUUGUAUCAGCUGGUUUGUUCCAAGUAUGUGUUGGCCGUACUUUUAUGGUUUGUAAUUCUGUACGCAUCGUGGAUGGGGAGCUAGCACUUCUUUUGUGGGUGCAUCAGCUUGAUACGCUUGCAAAGAUUCAGUAAGAGGCCUCCAUUUCAAAGAAAGAACUGUCUGAUUGAUCAAUAUGCCACAAAAUGAAGGGCACAGAACAUGAAUAUAUAGAAGAUUAAUCAUGGAUGCAGAAGCCAGGAGUUAGAACUUCUUUGUUGGGCACAUCAGCUUGAUAUGUUUGCAAAGAUUCAAUAGAAGAAUUCCAUUUCACAAAAGAACUGCCUGAUCAAUCAGUAUGCCGCAAAAUGGAAGGCGCAAAACAUGAAAUAGAUCACAGGUAUUUAGGAACAUGAAACUUUUAUUGAUCUCAAGUGUUUUACUCUAAACUUCCUGAUGAAACAGUACACCACUCAUACACGGACCCAUCGAAAUCGAGUCCUGAAAUUGUUGGUCCAUCUAAAA